AGUUUACCUCGUAACGAAGUCCCCGAGUGGUCAUCUUCGUAUAUCGAUUACAAGGGAUUGAAAAAGUUGAUUAAGGCGGCUACGAACGCCGCAAAUGCGGGAGAGGAUGUAGAUCUAGCAGGUGGGCUAACUUCUCGACACUACGUCGAAACCCUUUGCAACCCCCUAACCUGAUAUGCACAGAGUUUUUCUUCGCUCUGGACCGUAACCUCGAAGAUGUCGACACCUUCUACAACAAGAAGUUCGCCGAGGCCCAUCGUCGUAUCAAGCUUCUCGAGGAUAGGUACGGUAGAAGCCCGGGCGUCGUCGCGGAGUUGGACGAACAGGAAAGUGAGGAGCUUAUGGGAGCUUUGCUCGAGCUUCGAAACCAGCUCCGCAAUUUACAGUGGUUUGGCGAAAUAAAUCGCAGAGGCUUUGUUAAGAUUACAAAAAAGCUCGAUAAAAAAGUACCGAACACGACCACCCAGCAGCGAUACAUCACGACCAAGGUCGACCCUAAACCGUUCGCCAAGGAUACCACGGUUGUACGACUAAUCAAUGAAAUUAACAAGUGGCUCUCCGCGCUUGGAGAUGCGCAGAACUUCGACGAUGCUAAGUCGGAUAAGUCUACGCGCUCGGUGCGUUCGCUCGGAAGAGUGACCACGAAGGCCAUGUUAAAUGUUGCGCAGCCUGUUUUGGACCAGUUAGACGCCGCGAUUCGCAAGGACGAUGUCGCGACGUUGCAAAGUAGCUUGGCAAGCGAAAAGCUGGUGGUAUCCGAGCAGGCUUCUCAGGAAAUAGUACUUAAUCUCCUGCAGCGUUCCAUUUCCGCCCGGUCGAAGGCUUGCCUUGCCUAUCUUCUGGGGAAAACCAAGACGCUAGACGAGCCAGGGGACAUAAAUGAGCGGAACUGCGUCCACCGCCUAGUUAUCCACAUCGGUCGGAGUAAAUCAUCACAAGUUAGCGAUCUAGAACCUAACGCCGUCUCGCUUCCGAUAAAGUCUCACUUUCAUAGCCACUAUGUUGCGCCACCCCAGACUAACGGUUCCACGACGGUACGACCAGCAAACGGCAGCGAGACGCAAUUAUUGAGCAAAGACGACGAGACAGUACAGCUUUUGUGCUAUCUUCUUGAUUCCCUCCAAGGGGAGCAGCGCCGUGCGUUGAUAGCUAAGGACUCGCUAGAACGUAUACCUCUGCAUUAUGCGGCGCAAUUUGGUAUCGUCGUACUCUGCCAGGUUGUCAUGGCGAAAAUGCAGGAAUGGGGACAGUUCAACGUUGAAGAUGGAAUUGAUGCUCCCCAGUGGCAAGAUAAAGAAGGAAAUGCGCCGCUCCACCUUGCAGUUAUAGGGGGUCAUCCAUUGACUACAAAGUGCCUUUUGCAGGGAGAGAGUUGGCAGGGUCCGACCCAUUCAGAGGGAGCUGCCAGGAAAUCCGUGUCCCAAUCGAGCGCUGUGCUGGCACUGGCCACGAAAGCAAACUUCGUAUACAUCGUACGAUUGCUUGUGGAGGCCGGCAUAGAUAUCAACUGGCAGGACGAAACAGGGGAGACCGCGUUGCAUAUUGCUGCUAGAUUUGGACAUGUUGAGUGCGCCAAGAUCCUAAUUGAGGGUUCGCCCGAGCAGAAGGUGAAGUUGGAGUUGGCAGAGAAGUCGUUCGCAUGGACUCCUCUACACAUAUCAGCCGUGGAUGGCCAUCUUCCCGUAGCGCAAUUGCUAGUGGAAGCCGGAGCGGAUGUUGGGAAAACAGACUCGUUUGGGUGGACCGCCAAGGAGCACGCAGCUUUACGAGGACAUCUGAAUAUUGCGAAUCUACUCGCGGAACAUGAAACUAGCUCACCAUCCCCGAAAAGCGCGGAGGAAACUCAAGCGCAGCCUCCGGUCUCGUCCUCCCCUCCAGAAACUUCGUCUCUGGAAGACCGAAAAUCAGAUGGGAGCACCCGGAUCACGGAGCCUAUUAAAUCUUUCGGUCAUCGUUAUCUGAAAGAUAGCAGCCUUGUGAUGGUGAGCUUAGGAUCUAUGGAUAUGCGUAGAAAUAUCGAGGCUGUUAAGCUCGAUCGGGUCCCUUUGGCAGCAGCACAUACGAACCAACUGGAUACGGCCCUAUCCAUCGUAGUUUCAGCACACGGGGCUCAGGGGGAACCAACUAUCGUCGAUCUACCGGUCCAUGAAAACAUAUCUACUGAACCGAUCUUGUUUACUACUUCAGAUGCCUCAAACGUUAGGCUGCUCUUCGAUAUAGUGCCUACCUAUUCCGGUAAUGAGAAGAACAAGAUUGGCCGCGCGGUAGCAUUACUAUCAUCAGUCCGCCCGUCACUUGGGACGAAACGAAUGAACCUCCAGGGCGAUGUGUGCGUACCGAUCUUGGGAGCAAAUCUAGAAGUUAUCGGGGCCGUCAACUUUAACUUCCUCAUCAUUACGCCAUUCUCACAUCCAAACAUGGAAAUCAACUCGCACCAGACGUAUUGGAAGAAACUGUCUUCUACUAUGGUCUUCGGGCAUCGUGGACUUGGCAAGAAUUUCCUUGAGAAUAAAUCCCUCCAGUUAGGUGAAAAUACCGUCUCAUCAUUCAUUGCCGCGGCCAACUUGGGAGCUCAUUAUGUUGAAUUCGAUGUCCAGCUCACUAAAGAUCAUGUGCCUGUCAUCUAUCACGAUUUCUUAGUGAGCGAGACAGGUAUAGAUGCACCGGUUCAUACGCUAACCCUGGAGCAAUUCCUUCAUAUCAAUAACGAGUCACAGCCGCGAUCUGGAAAAGAAUCGCCCGAUAAGAAUGGGGACAAUACCAAUGGCAACGGUGCAAAAGAUCCCGGAACCAGGCAAAGAUCUCUUUCCGUGGACCUGGCCAAGGGCGUGAAGAACAACCUCGACGAGCGCAUGAAAUACACGCUCAAUUUCAAGAAGAAGGGCUACAAAGCGAAUACCCGAGGCAAUUUCGUCCAAGCACCGUUUGCCACGCUCGAGGAGCUCUUCAAAAAGAUACCGGAAAACGUGGGGUUCAACAUCGAGAUGAAGUACCCGAUGCUGCUGGAGAGCGAGAAGGAGGACAUGGACACGUACGCGAUCGAGCUGAACUCGUUCUGCGACACGGUCCUGAACAAGGUGUACGACCUGACGCGGAACCGGCACAUCAUCUUCAGCAGCUUCAACCCGGACAUAUGCCUGUGCCUGAGCUUCAAGCAGCCGAGCAUCCCGAUUCUAUUCUUGACGGACGCGGGCAGCGAGGAGGUGAGCGACAUCCGGGCCAGCAGCCUCCAGGAGGCGAUCCGGUUCGCGAGCCGCUGGAACCUGCUGGGCAUCGUGAGCAACGCCGAGGUGUUCGUCAACAGCCCCCGGCUGGUCAAGGUGGUGAAGCAAACCGGGUUGAUCUGCGUCAGCUACGGGGUUCAGAAUAAUGAUCCUACUUUGGUCCAGGCAAGUUUUUUCUUCUUUUUUUCUUUUCUUCUUCUCCUUCUCCUUUUUUAUAUAUGAAAUUCUCAUCAUGAGGAAUUGGUUAAUACACCUCCAUAUAAAAAAGUAAGUGAGCUAGAUGCUAACGAUUAUUUUACUAUUGUAGCGACAAGUCAAAGAAGGCAUCGAUGCGGUGAUCGUGGACAAUGUCCUUGCGAUUCGUCGGGGAUUGACGAAGGGUGAUUGAUCAAGACUGAACAUUGCAUAUAUCGAUCGGGUAGGUUGUUAGACCUAUUAGACCUUGCUAGACUUGUUAGACUUGAUAAUGAGUACCUAAGGUAGAGAUAUAUGUUAAGAUAUUAAAUUAAGACUAUCUUUGCAGGCAGUUUGGUGAUGACUUGUUUGUUUUGUGUUGACCUGGAUAUUACUAUACUAUAUCUUGUAGUGUGUUGAGGCUAAAAGGUAAGUAAGUAUAGGAUGGGCUCUUAUUAGUAGAGGUAGAGGUAGAGGCACUAAUCUACCCUGACGGUUGACCUAAUA